AUGACUGAAUACAGCGAGAAGGAACAGGAGCAGCAGCAGACGACGACGGGGGUAUGCGAAGACACAGAGACAGUCUUAUAUGGUCCUCCUCUACCACCAUUUGACAAAGCCUCCUCAACUCGGCUACUUUGUACCGUUGGAGUAGUAGUCAGCUGGGUCCUGUCCAUACUCUGUCUAGGAGUUGGCGGAUACGCAAUCGCCGUUAAUGGGACCAGAGCUGGAUCCACAUUCCUCCUCAACGAAUGGUCAUCGGCUCAGAAAGUCAUUAUCCCUCUGCUCCUGAAUAUAGUCGUGUCAUUUUGUACCGAUUGUCUCGGUUAUGUACACUCUGCGUCUCUCCGUUGGGCGAUGUACCGAGAAGGUCGAUUGGCUUUCAACUCCAAUCUCCGCCUCUUGACAGGAUCGAAGGCCGCCGGCCCCAAUCGAUGGUACUCGAACUUACUCGGCUCAGCAGGACUGGUGCUCUGCUAUGCAUCAACAUCCCAGGUAUUCAUUGCCGUAACCAGCUGGUCUUUCUACGGCGAUGAGACGCAUUAUCAAUAUUUCACAUUUGUGAACGGCGUCGCGCUUACUUGCUUGGGUGCCGGUCUACUUGUUCAAACAAUCAUAUCAACGGCCUGUUUGAUCUCCCAGUCAAAGCACAUCUUGACGUGGAGUUCCAACCCUCUGAAUGCGACACUGGCAUAUUUGCACCACGACUUGCGUCGCCGUGAUGGCCGUUCCCUGAUGCCUGCUUCAGACCGCAACCUGCCUCCCACUCCAAGGACGCCGCAAGAGCACCAACCUUCUGUCGCGCGUACAGAGUCAUCUGUCAAGAAAAUUGAAUACCUCGUUUGGUUCCUUGUGGUCCUCGCUGGGGCCUGGGCUUGCAUCAUUCUCGGCGUCUGCAAGCAUGUCUAAAGCUCUGGUGACAGUAUCUGCAACGCCAGCCUCUUCUCACCAAACGUCUUCUUCCCUCUCGGCAACUCUGCCGUCCAGAUACAGCAUUUCUACAGCCUCCUUCUGGUCACGGUGCUUCAAGCGAUUGUCACUCUCGGCACGCAUUGCGUGGAGCUACUCGCCAACCGAUCUCGUGAUGAAUACAUGUGGCGGCGUAGUAUGGACUUCUCCGGUAAUGGAGCCAAAUUCAGGACAAGUUCAUUCAAAAGUGCUGUGACUAGCUGGCAGAACAUUGGUCUCUUCGCGCUUAAGCCUUUGAUCCACUGGAUGUUCAACUUGGGUCUCUUUCAGACAGAGAAUAACAGCCUCCUGAUGAAUAUGUCCUAUCUUGCACUCUUUAUUGUGACUGGCAUCGCCAUUGUUCAGGGUGGUUUUGCGAGCUAUCUGGCACGCAUGUCACCAAGAGGAUGCAUUCCUUCGGCUUGGGGUCAUUUGCAAACGAUGGCCGAUCUGGUGGAUGACUGGGGCACAGCGGAUGGUUUGUUUUGGGGUGAUAAAGGGACUAACGUUGAUGGUUCUAGGAUGGCAGGUACAAGUGAUAGGAGGGACGGGGUCCAGCCUAUCAUGCAAGGUGAUAUGUACAGCUAGAUAAUUUAAGAUGCUUCAAGCGUUGGGCUGGCGGG